CUUCGAGUUCCAAAAUUUUAUCCCACAAAAAAUUUCAGUUUUAUCACCAUAAUCUUAAAUCGUCGUGUAAGCAAUUUAUGUUAUUAUAUCAUCAAAACACUUCAUAUCCCUUCUUGAAGAAUCAUCAGUUUUACUAUUUACUAAACUUCCGGUUGAAAUGAAAGUAGCAUGCAUGGAUGAUGAAAGUUGUUUGUAACUAUUUAUUCUGAUCGUAAUGGCAACUGCUGCAGUUAAAGAAGAACCUCUUGAAGAGGUCGACUUCGAGACAAGGUUUAUCAUGCUAUGUCAGGCCUCCCCAGAAGGGAUCACAGACAGCAUCAUUCAGAAAGAGCUGCCCCAGUGCGAUACUAAACAGAGGAUGACCAUUGUCAACAGGCUUCUUUCUAUGGGGAAAAUAGACCUCUUAAAGAGUGGAAACAAACUGUUGUAUAGGUUAAAGGACCCCGACACUGCUGCCCAAGUAAAGGGAGGAGACAAUCAGGAGAAACUGGUUUAUCAGAUUAUUAAAGAUGCUGGCAACAAAGGCAUCUGGAUAAGAGAUAUAAGAUUCAAGUGUAAUCUGCUGUUAACACAGGUCAACAAGAUUCUUAAAAACUUGGAAACCAAAAAACUGAUUAAAGCAGUCAAAUCAGUAGCCGCUUCCAAGAAGAAGGUAUAUAUGCUUUAUAACCUAGAGCCGGACCGUUCUGUGACUGGUGGAGCCUGGUACAGUGACCAGGAUUUUGAGUCCGAGUUUGUAGAAGUCUUGAACCAACAGUGUUUUAAAUAUCUGGAACAGAAGGCAGCAGCUGCCAGAAAAUCUCAGACUGACCCUGUUGCUGAGAGGAAUGCCUCCUUCACAGCGCUAGAAGAUGUGUGGAAAUAUAUAUCUGAACUAGGCAUCAGCAAGGUACAAUUAUCUAAAGAAGACAUAGAAACUAUCCUGAACACACUAAUAUACGAUGGGAAGGUGGAAUGUUCCUUAGUGGCAAGUCAAUCCACAUCCAGCGGUGACGGUCACGUCAAGCUUUACCGAUCAGUCAAACCACUGAUCACAACCACAGGACUGAUGAUGAUGCCUUGUGGAGCAUGCCCAGUGUUUGAUCAGUGUUACGAGGGAGGAGCAGUCUCUCCAACUACCUGUGUUUAUAUGAAAGAGUGGUUAGAAAUUUAGCAAAUCCUGUUGUUUGAGUUGUAUUGUAUACAUGUUUUGUUUUGACAAAAUUAAAGGUACUUUUAAACAAAUGUCA